AACUCCUUUAACCGCCUUUCUGCAUUGAUGGCAUAGUGUGAGAUGAAACUCUGCCAUUGCUGAGUGUCCUUGUCAUACUGAUGUUUUAAUAGUGAUGCCACCUGCCCUGUGUGAGUUAUGACGACGGCUGUUUCUUUGACUAGGGAAGGGAGAACCCCCUCCAGCCACAUGACAUGAUGAAGACACUUCCUGAAAGUUUGCUCUUCAAAGAAUCUGCAAGCAGGAUAUGAGUAUUUUGAGCCCUGGGACAGAUAACAAAUCAACCCUUGUGGGAAUUUUGGGAGGGCCUGAAGAAUACUCCAAAGCCAUGCAGUCAGAGGAGUUGUUCAGCAGGAAACUCAAAGCCUUGAAUGGAAGCAUGGGGCCACCUGCCUCCAGCAUGCAGGUGAAACCUGACGGUGCGGGAAAAACAAAUGGCACUCCUGCCAUGCCAAAAAUGGGCGUCAGGGCAAGGGUGACGGAAUGGCCACCACGGAGAGAUGGCUGGGAUCUACGACCUUCACCCAACUACCAGAGUGUUAUUCCAGUUUUCCAGAACGGACAGCAGGAUCAUACUGUGGAUUUACUAGAGCAAGGCGAGGAAGUAUGUGUUGAGGUGGACUAUACUGACAAAUAUACACUCGGCGACCUCCUCUGCCACUCUCCAUUAAAGGGUCUCCACCCUAUCCGUCAGCGGAGCAACAGUGAUGUCACCAUUAGUGACAUCGACUCUGAAGAUAUAAUGGACCAGAAUGCUGUCAAUCCAAACACAGGUGCCUCUCUGCACCGUGAGUACGGAAGCACAUCCUCCAUUGAUCGUCAGGGCCUUGGUGGGGAUGGCUUUUUUACCAUGCUCAGGGGCUACAGAGUCGACAAUCUGGACCAUCGGAGCAUACCGCCUCUGGGAUUUCCAGAGUUGUUACGCUGUGAUGCCUCCUUGUCCCCAAGCUUGCAGACAGCCACACAGAUCGCCAGAGGAGAGAUAGUCCAUAUUCCAGGCUAUGACUACAUAGACAGUUCUCUCCUCUACAGUCGGGAAAGGGAAAAAUCUUUCAUGAGGCGUCUUAAAUCGGAAUCAACAGAAACGUCUCUGUUUAGGAGACUGAGGACCAUUAAAAGUGAAAGCGAUGCCUUGAGACUUUCUUUAGAGGACGACCGGCGACCCCUGAGCUUUCAGAAAUGCUUCGCUCACUACGACGUCCAGAGCGUGCUUUUUAACAUCAGCGAAGCGGUGGCAAGCCGAGCAAACCUGAGCCAGAGAAAAAACACCACCACUGGAGCUUCAGCCGCCUCAGUUGGAGUUGGGGCCAUGGCCAGUGGAGUAUUGGGAAGCGGGACUGUUGCUGGGGCUGGAGAUGGUGGAGCAGCAGGUUGUAUUAGUGGAAAUCAACCCAUGUUCGAGUCUCCACUUGGGAGCAGAGAGGAUCUGAACCCCAAGGAAAAUUUGGACGUGGAUGAGGGGGAUGGAAAGAGCAACAACUUGGUGCUGAACUGUUCGCACUUUCGUAAUGAGAUCGGCGGUGAGGGCGAGAGGAAGAUCUCCCUCUCAAGAGCCAAUAGUGCCAACUACAGUGGCAUAUCGGAGAGUUGCUCAUUUGAGUCAUCUCUUAGUUCCCACUGUACCAAUGCAGGUGUUUCUGUGCUGGAGGUGCCUCGAGAAAACCAGCCAAUCCACAGGGAGAAGGUCAAACGCUACAUUAUUGAGCACAUUGAUCUUGGAGCAUACUACUACCAUAAGUUCUUUUAUGGAAGAGAUCAUCAGAACUAUUUUGGGGUGGACGAGAAUCUGGGACCUGUGGCGGUGAGCGUCCGAAGGGAGAAGCUGGACGAUGGAAAGGAGAAAGAGGGAAUGCAGUUCAAUUAUCGGAUCACCUUCAGAACCAGUCAGUUGACCACCCUCCGUGGAGCCAUCCUGGAGGAUGCCAUUCCAUCCACGGCAAGGCAUGGAACGGCCCGUGGCCUGCCUCUUAAGGAAGUCCUGGAAUAUGUCAUCCCUGAGCUGAAUAUUCAGUGUCUGAGGCUGGCGCUCAACUCACCCAAAGUCCCAGAGCAGCUCCUCAAACUGGAUGAGCAAGGGCUAAGCUUCCAGCACAAGGUGGGGGUUCUUUACUGCAAGGCGGGCCAGAGCACGGAAGAGGAGAUGUAUAACAACGAGAGUGCUGGACCAGCGCUGGAUGAGUUCCUGGAUCUGCUUGGCCAGCGGGUGCGCCUCAAGGGCUUCACAAAGUACAGAGCUCAGCUGGAUAAUAAGACCGACUCAACAGGAACACAAUCCCUGUAUACCACCUACAAGGACUACGAGUUGAUGUUUCAUGUGUCCACAAUGCUCCCCUACACGCCCAACAACAGACAGCAGUUAUUAAGGAAGAGGCAUAUUGGCAAUGACAUCGUCACCAUAGUAUUCCAGGAGCCUGGGGCCCUUCCUUUCACUCCCAAAAACAUCCGAUCUCAGUUCCAACAUGUGUUUGUCAUCGUCAGAGUCCACAGCCCCUGCACCGAUAACGUCUGCUACAGUGUUGCCGUAUCCAGAUCCAAAGAUGUGCCUCCAUUCGGACCCCCUAUUCCCAAGUCUGUAACUUUCCCAAAAUCGGCCGUUUUCAGGGACUUCCUGCUUGCCAAGGUAAUCAACGGCGAGAACGCUGCUCACAAGUCGGAGAAGUUCAGAGCCAUGGCAACUCGUACGCGGCAGGAGUAUCUGAAGGACUUAGCCGAGAACUUUGUCAGCACGGCUACUAUAGACUCAGCUGUCAAAUUCAGCUUCAUUACUCUUGGAGCAAAGAAGAAGGAGAAAAUCAAAGCCAGAAAGGAAGCACAUCUGUUCAGUGUGGGAGCCAUCACCUGGAGCGUCUGCACCCGGGACUUUGGGCAGUCGAUGGACGUUGACUGCUUGCUUGGCAUAUCCAACGAGUUCAUUGUUCUCAUUGAAGAGGAGUCGAAAAACGUAGUGUUUAACUGCUCAUGUCGCGAUGUCAUUGGAUGGACCUCAGGGAUAAUGAGUAUUAAAAUCUUCUAUGAGCGUGGGGAGUGCAUCAUGCUGUCUGCCCAUGACAAUUGCGGGGAGGACAUCAGAGAGAUGGUGCAGCGACUAGAGAUUACCACCAGAGGCUGCGAGACGACAGAGAUGACAUUGCGGAGGAAUAGCCUUGGCCAGCUGGGCUUUCACGUCAACUUUGAGGGUAUCGUGGCUGAUGUAGAGCCAUUUGGCUUCGCCUGGAAGGCAGGGCUGAGGCAGGGCAGCCGGCUGGUGGAGAUUUGCAAGGUGGCCGUCGCCACUCUCACUCAUGAGCAGAUGAUUGACCUUCUUCGCACAUCCGUCACUGUCAAAGUGGUUAUAAUCCAGCCUCAUGAAGACGGCACUCCUCGAAGGGGCUGUUCUGAACUUUACCGGAUACCGAUGGUGGAGUACAAGGUUGACAGUGAGGGCCAGCCCUGCGAAUACAAGACGCCCUUCAGGAGAAACACCACCUGGCACCGGGUGCCCGCAACUGCCGGCACACCUCUGUCCAGGAGCUCGCCCACUCAGGGUCCAGACCGCCUGCAGUGCCAGCAGAUUCUCCAGCAGCACCAGGCAGUUAUACCACGGAGCACUUCCUUUGAUAGAAAGCUGCCAGAUGGCUCCAGAAUGUUGCAGGACAUAGAGAAUCCCCAGGUCACUAUAUGCAACAAAGGAGACCAGCACUACCGCAGCUCCCCCAGUAACCAAUCCUCCUCCAGCGAUCCAGGACCAUGCGGCAGCAGCACCUGGUCCCAGCAGCCCGGAUAUGAUGGGUGUCCCUCGCCUAUACUGCAUGAGCGGACAGGGGACAUCCAAGGAGGGGAUGGAGAAAUCCGCAGGGACAGAGAGCCCACCCUGGAGAGAACAAGAUCUGCAGAGGCCAAAUGGCACAUCCCUUCCACAAAGAUCCUGAAUCCUCUGAAGCAAAGAGAAGGAGGAAAGGACUCCCCAAACAAGCUUUCCAGGACUGGUGAUAAAAACUCAAGCCACUCAAGUAGCAAUACUCUUUCAAGCAACGCGUCCAGCAACAGUGAUGAUAAGCACUUUGGCUCUGGGGACCUGAUGGACCCAGAAAUGCUGGGCCUCACCUACAUCAAAGGGGCCUCCACAGACAGCGGCAUAGACACUAAUCCGUGCGUGCCCCCCGGAGCCCGGGUGUUGCUGCAGGGCAGGGUUGGGGAACAGGGACACCCUUGGGUCUCCGAGCUCCAUGAGGACGAAAUGACAGAGGAGGAUCAUGGGAAAUUAUACCUGCAGCAGGGCUUCGCUUCAGCCAUCAUAUCUAGUCAUGUGACAGAGGGCAGUAUUGGAGACCUCAGCGAGAUUUCGUCUCAUUCAAGUGGCUCACACCACUCCGGCAGUCCCUUGGCCCGCGGUGCCAGGUACUGUAUGUCCACUGACUCCUCCAAGGUGUACACCAUCCCCCAGACGAGCAGCACAGGGCCAGAGCUGGGGCCCAGCUCCGAGGCCUGUGGACAGACACGUACACAGUCCAGCUGCAAGCUCCCAGUGAGCAUGAAGACAGCUGAUGCUGAUGGUGAUGAUGAUGCCACCUGCACUGAGGGACCUCCCAACAUAUCAGAGUGUGGAGGGGCGGAGAGCUUGUUAGCCUUCCUUCUCAAAAUGCUGUCUGAGCGCUCCAGGCAGCUGUAUGCACAGGAGGCAGCGUGCCGGCUCCAGACUGCAGAGCGGGAUGGAAAAUCCCUGCAGAGGCUGUCAAAAGAAGAAUUUCGUAAGAUGUUGCUACCCGACAGCCCUCCAGGAGAGGACAGGAGUCGGAAGGUGUUAGCACCAGGCAGUUUGUCACCAAGACGCUCUCUUUACCGGACCCUGUCGGACGAGAGCGUGUGUAGCAACCGGAAAGCCUCGUCCUAUGCCAGCUCACAUAGCUCUAUGCUCGAUCAAGCCAUGCCCAACGACAUCCUGUUCAGCACCACGCCACCUUACCACAGCACACUGCCUCCUCGAAUGAUCCACAACCAAGGAGCGUCCAACUUGCGCAGUGAGUUUUGGUUCUCUGACGGCUCCUUGGCGGAUAGGUCCAAGUUCAGCGACCCAGGCCUCAUGCCCCUCCCAGACACUGCCUCGGGCCUGGACUGGUCUCACCUGGUUGAUGCAGCACGAGCCUUUGAAGACCAGCGUGUGGCAUCUUUCUGCACCAUGACAGACAUGCAGCGGGUUGAGGCUCUGCAGAUCUCCAGAGAGCUGACAAGACGGGUGAUGGAGGCGGAGGGAGCUGCGCUGGAAUCAGACAGUUCACCAUCCACACUAACUGGCAAAGUCAACCAGCUGGAGGUCAUCCUCAGGCAGCUGCAGCAAGAUCUCAGAAAGGAGAAGGAGGACAAGGCCAUGUUGCAGGAGGAGGUGCAGCACCUGAGACAAGACAACAUGCGGCUGCAGGAGGAGAGCCAGACGGCAGCGGCUCAGCUCAGGAAAUUUACAGAGUGGUUCUUUCACGCCAUCGACAAGAAACCCUGAGUGGAAGACGUGCAGAAAAAUUGGAAGAUAGAGCAAAAGAAGGCCUUCAUCCCCUCUGGGCACCCAUUCAACUCCCAUGUAAGAUUUCCAGAUAAAACCACAAGUAUAAAGGACUUUAAAACAACCCCAAGAGUAUUAGCAACAAAUAUUGAAAGCCAGACCCUUAGGAUGUUGUUCUGCACUGUGAGAGACUCAAAACCCACAUCUGGACUAUAGUUUUGGGAACUCCUCUCAGUCUCUCCACCUUGGCAAAUGAAGCUCUUGGGGAACCUCAUAAUGUUUUGCUCUGGAGAGGACUUGAGAAAGAAAAUUCCAGGGGAACGAAGCUCCACUGAGUCCUGGGAUCUUCUUGCAGAAGUGGAAUGUAAAGCUCAUUUACUGUAGUCAACAUUUAAUCUACCUACGUAAGUCAAGUCAGUCUACUGUACUGUAUACUCAGCUGUACUGUACAGGCGAAUCCCCAUACAUUAUUACAAUGUCCUCGAAAAGUUAAUUUACUUCAGUAAUUAAUUUCAAAAUGUUUAACUCAUAUAUUAUAGGUUCAUACACAGAGUGAUAUAUUUCAAGCAAAAUUUGAAAUUAUUAGUAAUACCAUCAAACAACAAGGUACUAGUACUUUAAGCCAUGUGGGCAGAUGCCAAGUCCUGCUGGUAAAUAAAAAUCAUCAUCUCCAUAAAGCUUGUCAGCAGAAGGAAGCAGGAAAUUCUCUACAAUUUAAUAUUAGACAGCUGCGCUGACUUUGGACUUGAUGAGACACAGCGGACCAACACCAGCAGAUUAUAUGAUUUCCCAAAUCAUCAUUGACUGUGGAAACUUCCCAGAGGCUCCAAGCACAUUGGUUUCUGUGCAGUUUCUACCACAUUUUUUCCUUUCAAUCAACUUUCCAUUAAAAUGCUUGGAUACAGCAGUGUAGAAUGGGCUUUGUUUCAUAAUUCCUUCAAGGCUGAAGAUAUCCUUGUUGAUGAUGCACCUUUUUCUACCACACUUGGUCCUUCCACUCAACUUUCCAGUAGUAUUUUUAGAUACAUCACUCUUUGAACUGCCAGCUUUUUUAGCCAUGACGUUUAGUGGUUUAACCACCUUAUGAAAGUGGUAUACAAAAAACAAAAAACAUUUUCUAGUAUUCUAAUUUUUUUGAAAAACUGAAGUCAGAAUAAUCAAAAUUAAUAGACAUAAGAGCUUGAAUUUGUAUCACUCUCUGUGGGAUGGAUCUAUACCAAAUGAGCUUCACUUUUUUGAAUUGAAUUACUGAACUAAUCAAGCCUUUUGUUGAUUUUCUAAUGUACGGAGAUGAACCUGUAUCAUUUUGCGCGCACUGUCACACAGCUGUUUCUGCUGCGUCGGCCCUCACGGAUACAGGGAAUACAGAGAGGUUGAGGAAAGAGGGAUGUGGUAGGGUUGGUAUAGGAAUGUACUAGACAAAAUGAAGUGAUACUGUCUGCUUGCACCAAGAGAAAUCCACAUAUGGUGGGCUUGAAAUGUUCAGUGUGUCAUGGGGUGGGAGGGGAUGAAUGUAGCUCAGUCGAGACUUUUUUAUUUUCUCUCUCUGAAACACUCGUUCCCAAAGUUACAGAAGUUCUCGACGUUUGCAGUGUUUGUUUUCGAUCAACUUUCCCAUUUUUUUGUUUUUCUCCUUUGUGCUGUAACCUAGGGCCACAUGGCAGUAAUUUUGAUGUUUGAAGGUGCUUUCUCCCUACACACAUUUGUCAGUAGUUUCCAUUUACUGUCACAAUUUUGUCCUAGCAAUAAUAAAGUGGUAGUUACGAAACUGUGUUUUUAUUUUAUUUUGGGGGGUUUUUCUAAAGGAAGUUAGCACAAGCGUGAAGAGUUUCUUUUGAGAAGCAGAUGUUUUUUGACAUGUAUUGAUAAAGCUGGAAGAGACUGUGCCUAAAACUGGUUGUAAGUGUUUUUUUUUGUUUUCUUUGUUUUUCUCUGUCAGCUCUCUUUUAUAAACACAUGCCUUGUCUGUGGCUCACUGAGAUAAAACCAUGUGAGUGUGUGUGUGAGUGUAGCAGUAUGAGUUCUUAUGCAGUGGUUUCUAGUGUAUUAGAGCGGGCGCCAGUGAACCACAUUUACAAUGCCAAAUGUGUUUAUUUCUGUACAUAACUGCCACAGAAGGGUCCUGUAUUUAACACUAUUAUUUAAGCUUAUUUAAGCUAAAGUUGUUUAUUUUAUGAAACUUCUUUGUUUGUUGUUUUUUGUCUGCACUAAGGAGAGAUAAAGCUCUGUGUAUGUUGUAAAGUGUGUUGCUUUGCAAAACAAAGACAAAAAAAAACUAACCCACAACAACAACAAACAACAAAUUAAAAAUAUAUAUUUAAAUAUAUAAGUGAUUUUGGAAAUUCCAACAUUUGGAUGCUGCUAGAUGAACAGAUCGCUGGUUUGUAUGCUUUUGAAAAUGUCUCUCCUCGUUACCUGUCUCCUCCCUGGUGUGGGUGUUGACACUUUUGAUUGUUUUCCUGUUUUUUUUUUGUUUGUUUUUUAUUUUUUUUUAAUAAAUGUAGUUGUAAAAAUCA